UCUUCCAGCGAUAGACCCGUCGCACGUCGUCCAGGUUUCUUGGACAUUAGCACUAGCUGCCUAAGCUGAGCAACAACGCUGUCACUAUGAACGCUCCGCUGGCAACCAUUCUGCUAGGACUAAUCUCUGCUGCCUCUGCCGGUUUUAUCGGUGCUGGCUACGGCCUCGGAGGGGGGCACGGGGGCACCCUCGGCUCUGUCGGUGGCGCUGGUGCAAUCGGGGGCGGCUAUGGCGGUGUUCUCGGUGGUGGCGCCGGCGGUGGUGCUGGUGUCACCAUCGCCGCUGUUCCUGUCCCUACAGCGACUCCCAUAGUUGCCGCCAGGCCAGUCGCUGCUGACGUGCCCAGCCACUCCACCACAUCCUACGGCAUCAGCACUACUACUGUGACAACACUGCAUGGUGGAGCUGGUGGAUUUGGCGGAGCUGGCGGGUUGGGCUACGGUAGAGCGGGUUACGGAAUCGGAGGUGCCGGCCUCGGAUCUGGAGCUGGUUUUGGAGGCGCAACCGUACCCGUCAUCGCAGUUUCCCGCCCCACUGUCACCGUGGCUGCUGCGCCAGCGGUCGCCGUUGCUCGUCCCGUAGCCGUUCCGACUGUUGCCGUGGCUCGCCCUGUUGCUCUGCCGGCAAUUGCGGUCGGCGGCAGUGGUCUCGGAGGUGGCCUUGGUGGAGGCCUUGGUGCUAGCUACGGUGGUGGCUACAGUGGUGGCCUUAGCGGCGGCUUUAGUGCAGGUCUCGGAAGAGGCAUCGGGGCUGGUUACGGUGGCACACAUGGAGGUUUUGGCGGCCUUUUCGGUGGUCUCGGUGGCGGUUAUGGUGGUGCCAUCGGAAAGCCUGCCGUCAGCUACAGCUACGCAUCGAAGUGGUGAAUACGUGUAAAUGACCCAGCAGCUUUGUGGAAUGGGCCAAAUCGUCUGGACGUCCCCACCAUGGAAGAGCGUAGAAUGCUUGGUCUAAACACAUGCGCAAGUUCGGAUAGUGACCAAAAAAUUGUAAACGCCAAUGAUAGUGUCCACCAAGCAUGUUGAAGUGCAACAUCAAUGAUCAAUCUCAAGACCACUCUCAAAGUUGUUUCAAACAUGAAGUUGUGCUUCACGAAAUUCUCUUUCAGAUUCCGCAAUGGGAAUCUGUAGUGUUGAUCAAAAUAAAUACACGUCAGAUCUGUAUCUC